UCACUUUCAUUUGCUCCAGGAAACAGACAUGCGGCUUUUAUUUAUACUCCAGGUUGUAGCCUGCCUUCAACUUUCAAUAGUAAGAGGCCGUGACUUUGUCAUUAACGGCAGACAUUACUGCCUCGAGGAAAAGUCAAAGGUCACCUGGACUGGGGCUGAUUUGACGUGUUUGGCGAAAUCAAUGAGCCUCGUCUCGUUCGAAACAGAAGAAGAAUUCUUCUCCGUUGUGUCCUAUCUAAACGGCACAGAAUUUUACAAUAUGUGGAUAUGGACGAGUGGCAUGCGGAGAGCUUUGUCCGAAAUAUGGACCUGGGACUCUACCGACGGUCCCAUAGCCACAGACCACUGGGGAAAGUUUCAGCCCAACUUGCCUGUGGACGCCGAAGGGUGCAUUAACUUUUUGGCUCAAUACAAUCACUGGGAUGAUGACCCGUGCGACUCUCUCUACUUGGCUGUGAUGUGCGAGGGACCAGAAAUCAUUCCAAUCCCAAAAAGCCAAUAACUCAUCGUCAGGUGUUAAAUUUAAAAAAAUAUAUAUAUUGACAGCUAAACUUAGUAAGUACAUAAACUUUAUUUAACGGGAGUAAGACUUGGUUUUAUUUUUAGUUGCGAAUUAUUAUUUUUAUUACAAAAAUGAAGUGAGAGAUUUUAAUCAAUGAAAUUUAUUUUGCAAAAUGACAAACGAUUAAGGAUUAUUUUAGGUAGAAUGAAAAUUCGGAAAAUUGUUGUUGUUGUUUUUUUUUGUGAGGAUUGCAAAACCAAACUUAUAUCACUUAU